UGUUACCAGUGGUACGAAAAGGAAGUUGCCUUGACCAGAAAUUCUUCCGAUUUGAACUGUCCAUCGUUUUAUAACCUGGCCUUGCUGGACGGUCGAUUUAUCCACGAAUCAGCCACAGAAACAAGUCAGCGAGUGUGUUUUGUCAAUGUCUUGCCAAAGACGGGACCAGCCAUUCGAUGCUGUUACGGAAAGGGCCUUGGCGCUAGUCUAAUUACGUCUUUGCCACUGGCCGGAAGUGCCUUGGAUAAAAAUCCGCUAUAUUUUUCAACUAAUGAUUCGACGUAUGGAUACCAAAAAUGCUGUAUUGAGUCGGACAGAUGUGGAGCAUAUUACAAGCUAUUUCCCGUCAAAUCUUCAAAAUUUUAUAAACCACCACAUUGGGGUAGGUAGUACUGACUCUUGUGUUGGGAUGACUCCUUAUAUAAUAAUAAACAUUGUUAUAUAGCUAGGGUAAAUACCAAACCUGGUUGGUUGAUUUGUGGUCACAUGACUUUAAAUAAAUGCAAUGUAUCCCGCCUGGUAACAAGUGAAAAAUUGUUGCCCGCCCCGAAGGCUAUAUAAAGUGCAUAAAUAGACAAAAUCGCGGCACAACUCGCAAGUUUAUAAGCCACGAUUUUCCAAGUUUGUGUUAAUAUGAACAAUGUAAAAGAAAAGAAAAAUGCACACAAGAUAUGCUACUGAAACCGUUUAAGUAUAGGUUCUUUUAAUUUUACACUUGUUUACAAAACAGAAUUUUUCUCAAGAGUUGUUGUAUAUGAAUCAUGAAUGGUUGAUUCUUGUUUCGUCGCUAUAUAACAAAAGACUUAAUGUCUGUUCCCUCGGGAAAUGGUUAUAAUUUUGACUGAGAAUUUCGGGUCUUUCGGAAAAGAACUAACUACGUCCCCUGGCAGCAGACAUUAAGUGUGUAUAGUAGUAUUAAUUUAAAUUUAAACAAAAUUACGCACCAUAAUUGCUAUAAUGGAAAUUAAAAUAAUUGAAGCAAGUUCAUAUCCGUUUUCUUGUAGCUUGGGGAUUUGGAGACCCUCAUUACGACAAUAUGGACAGAAUGAAUUACACGUUUAAUGGUUGUGGUAAAUACAUGUUUUUGGAUACCGAAAAUUCUGCCAUUCAAAUUCAAGUAAAGUUUACGCAAGCCACUGGCGCUGGCCUUGGCACGGUGAUAUCAGCUAUAAUACUCAAAAUUGCUGAUGUUAGUCCAAUCCAAAUUAAUUUAAAGUUGGGAGGUAUGUAUCGAGAUUUGCUCCGGCCAGGUUACUAUGAUACGAUUUCAAUAAUUAAUAGCUACGUAAAUGUAAAACAAAAUGAAAACCUUUUCCGUACGCGAGUUGGGAAAGAUGUUAAGGACCGGUCAUUACUCAUUAGUUAUUGCAGGGGGUGACCCUGAAGAGAAAACGGUUGGCCGUAAACAACAUUUUGAGUAAGGAAAUGGCUGGGUAAAUGAAAAACAAUUCAUGGGUUGGGUAAUGAAACUUUAUUGUCAUUUCCAAAGCAAUACUCACUCAAAUAUUGAAAGCUUAAAAGCAAUGUCAACAGUCAUAUGUCAGUAUAUAUUAUAAUAUAUAAAUAAAUCAGAGUCCUACUAGACAUUUUCCGAUUUGUCAUGAGGCAAAUAAUGUCUUUAAAGAGAGUAGAUGUGCAGACAGCAAUCCUUUUGUAACGUUUUUGGCCUGGGGUCGGUUUUUAUUUUUUAUUGAUAUUUAAAGUUGGGUAAAAAAAUAUUUUGACUUUUUAAAGGUAGGGUACAGUCCGUAUGUAAACAAAGCCUUUGUUUACAUCUCGGUAUUCAAAAUGUUGAACUUUAUUAGACAACCAUUUAUAUUUUCAUGCUUCUACAGUAUAAUAAAUGAUCAAGAUACAACAAUCGGGGUUUGCGAGAACCUAAAAUAAAAUAAAAACCUAAUUAAAGUGUUUCUAUCACGGCAGGAGAUUUAUAUGUGCGCAUGCGCAGACCGGAUUGUACCCUAUCUUUAAGGGUUAGCUAGAUUUUUACCAAGUAAAACAUUUCUCUUCGGUGGCAGCCCCAGCCGCAAAUAAUAACCUGUCCCUUAUUUGCAUGAUUUUAUAUUUAUACAAUAUUUUUAAAUGCCAUUUUAUUUUGUUCUUUCUUUCAAAGGAGGGAUGCUCUUUCUUGUCAACAAGGUUGAAUUUGCUGGCGCAAGUAGUUUUGGAACGUCUCCAACGUUAAUAGAAGACAGGGUUUCGGUUAUCAAGCCUCAAGAUAACCUGCUAAGAAUAACCUCAGGUGGAACAGGAAUUACAGUCAGGGACGAGAAAAAUCAUCUCAUUGUCACCAUUGUUUUAGACGACGCAUUAUUCGGUAAAACCAAAGGGUUGAUGGGCAACUGGAGUGGAAACACGAAUGAUGAUUGGUUACUUCCAAAUGGAACAAUUUUGCCUCCACCACUUACCGACGAACAAAUUCAUUUUGACUUUGGAGAAAAAUGUAAGUCCCUUUCCUAAAAUAACUUAAUUUGAAUAUACGAGGAUUUUCCAGGUGAAAUAAGCCAAUAUUUCAAAACACCUGGAUAUGCAGUUCGCAACCAUUAUCACGAGAUUCAAUAAGUAGAUCAGGAUCAUGUUUCGAGGUUCAUCAACUUCGAAACUAAUUAAUAAUUUUGCUUUGAAUUAAUACUGAGCGUAUUAGUGGAACUAACAGGAACAUUUCUAACAAAAAAUCUAUGGCUUACUGAUAUGAAACCGAGAUCUUUCUGUAUUGAGCUGAUAUGGUAUUGUAUGCUUGUAAGAAUUACUGCAAAGCUUUGAGUCCGUAUAAGCCUAGACUUGCUCCAAGUCUCUCUUUCAUUGUCAUAUAGUAUCGAUCCACUAUAGUGUACAUUACGUGACGUAGCACGGAGAAGCGGAGCGAGAAAGAGAGACUUGUCAACUUCGGAAAAUCUCAAGACUUGCUUGAAUUGUUUUCUGUCAGUAUUUAUGUGUAUUGAUCUAGUACAGUGUAACCGAGAUUUUCCGACGUUGACAAGUCUCUCUUUCUCACUGCGCUCCUCUGUACUACGUCGUGUAAUGUACACUAUGGUGGAUCGAUACUAUAUGACAAUCAAGGGAGUCUUGGAGCAAGUCUAGUAUAAGCCCGGAUCUUCAUCAGUGCUAACAAUAUGUGACUGUUCAAUUCACACGCUCUUUUUAUAUACAAAAGUGUCGUGGUCUGUUGGCUCUUCUCAUUAGAAAUUUAAUUAAACGGUAGGCUACAUCACCCACGUCAUUUCAAACGUAGUGAAGUGUUUCUAAUUAACGCGUGCGCAUCGAAGACAAGAGAAAUUAAUUUUGCACAUUAAAAAGAGCACGCCACGUAUAUCUUCACGUACUAUCUAGUGGCUUUCCCUCCUGAUCUAUAGUAUUGUGCUUCUCGAUUUCAAUUGACAUUGAAAAACAUUGUCACGCGAGGGCAAAGUAUAUAUACAUGCAGAGUCCGGAAUAUUUGCAAAAUUCCAAUUGAGUACAAACUUAUCAUAUCUCUUGGUGAGUGAGACCACUUUCAGCACUUUUUUAAUGGAAUAUUAAGAGAGUACUGGAUGGUAUUUAUUGAAAAUGACUUGGUAUUUAGGCGAUAAAAUAUGAAAAUAUAAAAUGUAAAAUUUACCUUGUAAAACAAAACCUUAUUAAAAAUGUUUUUAACCUUCGCAGUUACGGACACCUUUAAUGUGUUUUAUGUUUAUUCUUUUACGUUCUGAAUAUUUUGAAAGAUUUUUAGACAUUUUUGUUUGAAACUCGGUUCUCGUCGCAACUUCGUAGGCAAUAGAAAUUCCGGAUAGGACAAUCCUGCCUCGCCAGCAGCCAAUCAAAUUGGGCGAUUUACCAAAACAAAUGCUUUCCAUAUAGCAAGUUUAGAUAUUGUAUAAUUUUGAUUUAUGCGCCAGAAUCAUCAUCAGUGCUUAUCCCAUUUCGUUUGUUUCUAUAUGACAGCUUAGUAAUAAUAUGCGUUUCUUUUUCUCAGGGAAUUUAAGUGCGAGUGAUGACCUGUUUGUAAAUACGUCUGCGGAUGUAGGAUUUUUUUGCGAUGUCAACUACAUGCCGAUAUUUGUGAACAACUUCACUUUUCCGAAUGCGUCGUUUGAAGCCUCCGCAAGAGAAAUAUGUGGAGGGAAUACAGAAUGUUUAUUUGAUAUUGCUGCUACCCUUAGUGAGGAGUUUGGUCAAGCAACGUUGAACAAUUCUGCUGCUAUCAAAAGUGAUAACGAAGUAAUAGGUAAGAAGUUAAUGCCUGAAGGUGAUUGUUGUUUUACUAAAUAAAAUGCAUCUAUAGUUUUGAGAAGAUGUGCGCGCAAGAAAAAUAGAAAGGAAAGAGUGCAAUAAACAAGCCCUUACCACUACUUCUACACUGUAUAAAUAGACACACUAUCUCACACAAUCGAAUUUGUUCCCUUGACUGAGUUGUAAGUUGCGCACAUAUAUGAGUACGGGAAAAAAAGAUAGAGGCGAGGGGGGGGGGGGGGGGGCGAAUAAUUUGUCCAAUAGUGCUGAAGUUAUCCGACCAAUACUUUUUUCGUCCUGAAUUGCCCAAAAUUUGCCCGAUUUUUUAGUACAAUCUACUCAAAUGAAUACUUUGUUGUAAAACCAUUCAACGUGAGCACAAAGGAAAAAUACGACUGCACAAAAAACCAUGAUGAGACAUGUUAUAGAUUAUAGAGCACAAUUGUUAUUCAAUGCACCACACGUAGUGUUGGGUAAAUUUUUAGUCGAAACUUCUUUCAGACGUUGCUAUCGACAAACGUUCAAACGUGUUGCGGUCGUUCAUACAUUCAAAAUACUCGAAAAUAUGCGCAUUCUGAAUUAUAUUGAUUGUUUAAAUCAACUGAAUUUGGUUUUAGAAAAUCUUCCUCCCGAAUUUGAUGUCGAAGAAGCUGUGUUUAACUUGACAUUGGGUUCACUAUUCGAAUACACUCUCUCAGCAACUGAUGCGAAUGGAGAUACACUAAGUAUCAGGGCUGCAGGUCUUCCUGCAGGUGCGAACACUGCGUCAAGUGGAAACAGUUUAACAUUUUCCUGGCAGCCAGAUAAUGCCAAUUCGGUAUGUACUAAUUUUAAGGGACCGGUCGCGAAACUCGUACUGCAGAUCUGUCGUAGAAAAUUUUGUAUACGAUUAAAUUAAUAUCGGUUGCCAAUGGGGUUUUAACAUAUUAAUUCUUCAAUUGUUUAGUUUAAAGUAAGCUUCAUUGUGACCGACUCAAAGAACGCAUCCACGUCAUUAGUACCUACCAUUAAUAUGUGCGCAUGCCAAAAUGGUGGCACUUGCUUCAUAGCUGAAAGUACGGGAAUAAACGCUUUAACAGUUCAAGGAUAUAACAUCCUUGAAUGUCGGUGUGCCAUUGGCUACGAGGGAAACGUUUGUCAAGAUGUAAAGAACUUCUGUGUAACUCAGUCUGGUUCACCUUGUCAUCCGCAAGUGAACUGCACCAACUCUCCAACUGGGUAUAUUUGUGGACCAUGCCCUACUGGUUUUGGUGGAGAUGGACAGAAUUGUUCAGGUCUGUAGAAAUGAGGGUGUUACAUUAUCAUCAUAAUCAUGCUCGAUAGCUUACUCUAUACAAUUUAUGAUCAGUCGAAAUAGGUUUUGGACAUAACGAGAUACUAUAAUUCUGCUUCUUAGUAAUACUUCAAGUGCACGGUUGAACGACUCAACCACGUGAUGUCAUUAGUUUGAUAAUUGUUUCAUUGUGUAAAAAAUUGUAUUGUCUUUAUCAUACAAAAGUUUGCAUGCUAUACAUGAACAAAAAGGUAGAACAAGGAUUUCUAGAUUGAUUAUGUUCUAUUGUUUAGCCGCAUUGUAAUCUGCCAGUGUAUUCAUGGAUUAUAAUUUUUGUCUUUCAGAUAUAAACGAAUGUGAGAAAAAUACACACAACUGUCAAAUGCUGUGCGUGAACAAUGCCGGUUCCUUUGAAUGUCAAUGCAAUUCUGGGUACCAACUUAAUCCUGAUAAGAGAAAUUGCGAUGGUUAGUAGAAGAUAAUUCUGCAUAUCACAGAAACCUUGUCAAUUCUCGUGAAUUUUUAAAAUUUUGAGAAUAAUUUGUCGUAUAAUUAAUUUUUCAGACAUUGACGAAUGCGUUACUGGCCAUGAAUGCUUACACACCUGUACUAACACCGUUGGCUCAUACACGUGUUCGUGUCUAGAAAAUUUUGAAGUGGAUUCAACGGAUUCCCGAAACUGCAUACGUGAGUACCUAUAACUGAAGACUUUGCAGAAGUUACCUUGAUACAGCAUUAAUUAUACAAAUUAGUGAUUGUCGGUUUUGUUAUUAGUUGACUUAGUUCUAAAGUCAACUGGCAAAUUAAUAACCAAAUUAGUCCAACGAUUGCAUGCAGCUGGCUUAAGUUAAAUUAUUAUAGUUACUAAAUAAUGGUGGUUUAUAAUUGGUUCCUAAUUUUCGCGAUUUUUAUUAUAGUUAGUUAUCACUUAGGUAUUUGGCUAGCAGGUUAUCACUCAGUCAUGUGCAUUGAGCUAAAACAUAAAAGCACAAACAUUUUUUCCAGCUAAAACUCCAUGCACUGGAAGCAACGACUGUCAACAGGUAUGCUAUGUUGACGAAAGCACGCAAGCAAAAGCGGAAGUUUGUUCUUGCAACAGGGGAUACAGACUUCAUGAAGACGGCAGGCGAUGCACAGGUAAGUUAGAGUGAGAUUAAUGUGCCAACUGCAACUAGAUUUAUGGCAAAAUAUAUAGGACAUCGUCUGCAUAGUCUAUGUGAAGGUGUUUUAGAGCAAGAGAGCUUUGUCUAAUGCCUGCCGUAUAAUAUAAGUUUAUAUCAUAGAGGAAAUAUAUAUCCUUUCUGUUCUUCUACUUUAUUUGCAUUAUUGGUACAUUCUAUCGGUCAUUCCACCGCUACGGAGAUUACAUCCAUACAGAGACCUUUUACGACGUUUUUUUUUUCUGUUCUUCUUCUUGUUAAAGUAAUUAUAAUAUUCUCUUGCUUUAUUAGCCACAUUAAUUGUACCUAACUGGAUUACAUAUUCAAUGCUGGUUUUCCAGAGACUAUAGGACAAAUUGGUGACGAUAUGACACUGAUGGUAGAGAAAUAGGAAACGAAACUAUGCAUGAUCCUUCAGUGUCUAAAUCGAGCUACAUUUAGUUUAUCGAGACGGAAUUACACGUCUAGAGAAAAUAUUUUGCCCAGAUAUAUCUAAUAAAGACAAGUUUGGUUCAUUUAAACUGACCACUCGAUCGUAAAGCGUCAUCUACUGCUUUCUUCUCUCUCUAUUUUCUGUGAGAACGUUAUGAAAUUCACCAUCACUUAAUAGUAAAUGUUACUUUUAGAUAUUGAUGAAUGCGCCGAUUCCACACAUCGAUGUUCUCAAACGUGCACCAAUACUCAAGGGAGUUACACUUGUUCAUGCGUUAAUGGAUACACUUUGCAAAGUGAUACAAUCAGCUGUGAAGGUAAUGGCUCGUUAUUGUAUAUUAUAUAGGAAAAAACACGCAUGAAUAUUAUAGUAAUAAUAAUAUCUAUACUGUUCACUAAUCCGAUUCCCUUUUUACAGAUAACAACGAGUGUAUUGAUAACCCAGGAUCAUGUGAUUCCAAUGUUGGCGAAAAGUGCUAUAAUCUUCCUGGAAUAUUCAAAUGUGACUGUAAUGAUAAUCAAGGACUGGUUCGAAUAAAUGGUACAUGCCAAGGUACAGUUCCUCAAAGAUUAUUACAUCAUGACUGCAUGCACAGUUUUCGAUCAACAUGACUGUUGUAUUUCAAUUAUAACUAUUUUCUAAAUGCAAGUAAAUACGAUAAAGAUGCUACAUUCAGAUGCUAUAUUGUAAUACUGUGCCAUACAUAUAUGCAUGCUAAUUUUGUUAACGUUUUCGUAUUAAUGCACCACUUUGACGUACCAAAAAAGAAAACGUCUUGUGGAAUAACACAACUUAUUUUUAGUUCCAUAAUUUAAUUAAAUAGUCACAUAUUCGUGACUCCUUCAAUUCUGUGAUUUUAGAUAACUGUGCAGAAACAGUUCAUUAUAUGCUUUAAUGUUUUGCUCUUUUGUCCCAGAGUUAGUUUCUAGGUAAUCUUGCAAACUAUAUGUUCUCUUGUUAUCGUUUGCAUUAAUAGAACACCCUUUUGUGAGCACUAUAUCAACUAUAUUUUAAUGUUCUUCCUGUUUGCUUUCCAGUCCCAACGAAUUCUACGGCCCAAGUAGUUGAACCUGCGCCCACACCUCCUGACGCCACUCAGGCUCAAAUUAGUAAUGCUGUUCAAUUUCGUGUUUAUGGUUUCCAGUCCAGUCAAGUAAGGUUCUAUUACAUUAUUUAAUCGCUAGAUCGGUUUAAAGGCUACUUUAAUUUUCACUAGCACCAGAAGCGUGAAAAUAUCAAUAACGCAAGCACAGAACAAAAAGAUUCCUAGUUUAAUUAAAUUUGGUUUUGCUCAUUGGAUGUUUAGGCGGGCGUUUAUUUUGAAUGCUUAACUGAUUUUUUCUUUGUUUGGUCUUAAUAUUUCCUAAUUCUUGUUUUACGAUUGAUACGUAAAUGUCAAAUAGCUAAGAACCCUUAGCUGUCCGUACAUUUCCAAACGAGUAUGACCAGUAACAUCUAUAACAUCUGAGAACACGUUCCCUCAAUGAAUAUUCUCGGUUUUUAACAUACCAUUUGCGCAUACUGACUAUACUUUUGUAAUUUUUCAUAAUUUUAGUACGUGAAGCAAACACACUCUACAUUCAAACAAGCUCUAGCAAGCGCCCUUACACGCUAUUGUAAUGCGAAUGAAGAAAGAAGAACCGAGUGUGGAUUGUCUGGGUAAGAUACCAUGAUCUAAUUAGCACAAUGUCUUUCUAGUGCGAGGACAAUGUUUGUACUCUGACGAGCCAAAUCUAAAAAUGCGAUCUAAAAUAUGCUCAUUUCUGCAUUAUGUUUAUUUUUCAAACACAGGAGGGGAUUUACCUUCACAGAAUUAAAUAUACAUCGUAUACCCAACCAUCCUCAGGAUGAUGGAAAUGAUGCCCUGGUUUCUUUCUAUGCCCUUUAUCCAAACGGAACCCAAAAUAGCGACGGUGUUCCUGUACCUCUAGGUGCUUUAUUUAAUGCUUGGUCAGAACAACUGAGUACGAUAAAAAAAGACACCAAUCUGGACUUAAUGGUUACCACUGAAGCGGAGACGGGCUCAAAUACGAAGUCAGAUGAUCUUGAUUGGCCUUUAGUUCUUGGUGUUAGUAUUGCUGGUAUCCUUCUACUAGUCCUGGGUGUUUGCGUUCUUGUUCUGUAAGUAUUGGUUUUAAUACAUACAUUGAAUAGUAAUUAUAUCAAUCAUCUUUUUCCCAACAAGAAGAAUCACAUUUGUGUCGUCAGAAAGAAGAACUCUAUAUUCUUGGAGUCGUAAAACCUGGCACCACAUUAAAUUUUGUAGUUAGUUUUCUAGUCUUAAAUACUCGUAAUUCAAACUCUGAUUCUCUAAACAAGAUAUUUACCUGUCUAUUUUCAGGGCAUGCGCGAAGCGAAACACUGGAGGCUUCCCACCUCAACAUGACUUCUAUGAGCGAAGCAGAUGGUCAUUUGGAGAGCAACCUUCGCAAUAUUCGAUCACUGGAGAAAGCCAUCCAGGAUUUGACGAAGACGGAUUACCUGUGGAAGUUGGGACCAACUAUGGUAGCGGAACGUAUGGAGUGCAGGAGAGGCAGGGUAGUGCGUAUUAUAACUAAUAGGCAUAUCCAAUACGAGAUCGCGAUUAAUGACCCAAUGAAUCAUUUGACCUCCGAAAUACAGGAUGGAGAUAAAACCAAUAUACAGUGAGAAAAGAAAGCUAGUGAAAACGCUUAUAGACAGGUUAUCGCCGCAUAUUCCAUUUCGCUUUCUAUCUUUGUGGACUAAACAAAAAUUUGUACUCAAUUAGUCAUGCUGACAAAGAAAGUUCUACGUACUGGAAAACGAUUUAACAAUUAGCCCAGGCUAAUCCAUUCUGAACUCUUCUGCAUUAUACAAUAUUCCACUCCAGUAUGGUUGGAGGUCAAAACUAUUUCAUCAAAAGAUUUGAUACAAAAGAGUAUCGACAAAAUGGACACGACAAAAACGCAUCACAAUAUAUAGUAAGAGAAAGAGAAAUAGGCAAUGUUCUUAGAAUUAACGUACUGUUAAAUGGACACGGAAAUAUUGACACUUCAUUGCAGGAAUAUAAUACUUUAUUAGAUGUCAAAAUAACAAAGAAAUCUCAAGAAUUUUAGACUUUUAAUGCUUGGCUUUAUGUAGACACACCGGCAAAAAACCAAAACAUUAAAAUUUGUAAAUUUACAAUUUUUAGGAUUCCAAGAGAAUUGUCUUUCAAAUCAUAUCGGUUGUCACAUAUUUCAGUACAUUUUUUCGUUUUAAAAAUUCGAAUUUAAUUGCCUUGAAUUGCGUCGCUACGAAACCCAAGCACAAAGUCUAUGCAAUGAAAGUGAAAGGAACCAGUUUGCAAUGUUAGAAAAUUUAUAUAAAAAUAGCUUAGAUUAGUUUAUAGGUAUAUAUUAGUUUAGGUUAUGUUAAUUCCCGGGAAUAUGUAACAAUCAAAUGUAUGUAAUAUAUAUGUUCACAGUUGCCAGGCGGGCUGGAGAUUAUUAAGAGAAUUCAAUGGAAAUAUAUAUACAAUGUUAGCGAUUUUAAGCCUAGUCCUGGUAAUUUGAACAAUAUUCACAAAUCGGUACAUUAGCACCAAUUCCGGUUCAAAUGGCAAUGGUGAACGUACCCCAAUCUGUUUUGGGUAGGGGGUAAACAAUGUUAUUUUCUGUAGUCAUUAAAUAAGUAAAUUUGUUUUAGUAUAUUAAUAUAUAUUAUAUUUAGGCACAAAUAUA